CGCCACAAACAUGGACAAGGACAACGCAAAUCCAAUCAUCAUCAACCCAAGCGACCUGCCGUCCCGCCGUCGUUCCACACCUUCAACGGCGAAGCCGCGAGCAAUAUUCGAUGCUCUAGCGCCACACUACCCCAGCCUUACUGCCACCACAUCACCAGCAGAAAUCCUGUCAGACCCCAGUGACAGCGAUGACGACGACGAAGAGCGCGAAGAAAUUGAUGAACAGGAGGUCUACGACCUAAUCUCCACCAUUACCGACCCUGAGCACCCCCUCACCCUGGGCUCCCUGGGAGUCGUGAACCUGGAGGACAUCAAAAUCCUCCCGCCGUCCUCUCCGCGCUCACGCAUCAGCUCAGUCCAGGUAUUAAUCACGCCCACGACCUCGGCCUGCUCCUUGACCACUGUCAUUGGCCUGGGUGUCAAAGUUCGCCUCGUGAAUGCUUUGCCACCACGCUUCCGCCUGGACGUGCGCAUCAAAGAAGGCACCUCCACUUCUGCACAUGAAGCAAACAAGCAGCUGGGCGACAAAGAACGUGUGGCAGCCGCUAUGGAGAAUCGAAACCUCAUCAACAUGGUCAACCACAUGCUGUCCUCGUGCGACUAACGUAAACUGGACCCGUCUGUUCCUGCAGCAGUCGGACUAGUGUGGAGGAAUUUACUGUAGCAUCAAACGACAUCCACAUCUAAUGUCUUGGGGCACGCAAUGAUCUGCUACGUUUCAUUAUUCCACAGAUGGAACUCUGACGAACGUUGCAACGACUUUCCAGGGUUCGUGAUACCACAUUGGACACUGUAGUGCCGAGGUUUGCAUGUCAAGCACAUGCUAUUGCCGGCCCAAGCUCCCGGACAGGGCCUCGCUCAAGGCGCUUGUGCGCGGCCUCUCCACGGCAACACUAGUAGGCUCGCCCGCAUGAGCACCUGGAGCAGAACAUCUCGCUUAGAUGCUGAAGCACAAUGCACGGGAGUGACGUUGGGAUUAAGUUUAAUAGAAGCUGUCUUCUGGAGAAAAGCUAUUGAGCACUGACGCUUCUCUACCAACGUUCUUCCCAGUGCCCAUGCCGCUUCUGAUGAUCUGAAACAGGCCAGGCACAAUUAUCUUCUGUCGAUUCAUCCAAACUGUGUGUGCGAGCAGCCUCACGCCCUUCCAACCCGGGGAAGUACUUCAGACUUCUAUCUCUACCCUCAGAAACUCCAACGCAAUGACCAUAUUCUGACUCCUG